UUCCGUCAUUAUCGAAUUUGAUUCCGUAAUCAGAGGGCAUCGCUGGCUUACGCGUCUGCUUAGUAAUCACGUCAUGGAUCGAUAUGGAAAUCACCUUGGCGGCGGCGGUGGCCACGGUCAACACAACCAGCAUCCAGGACAGCACCCCGGACAUCAUGGUGGCAACCAGCAGCAUGGACACCAUUCGAUGAACGGAAGUAACGGCGGAUUGAACAUGAACGGCCUCCCGCAGCUCAACAUGGGCGGCAUGCCACCGAUGUCCAACGGCUAUGACCUCGGCGGAUAUGACCAAGGAAACAGCUACAUGAACCAAACGAGCUAUUUGAAUGUACCACCCCCUGCCAUGCAUUCCCAAAGCGGUGGCAGUGGCAUGCAAUCUCUCUCGUCCUCGGCCGCGCACUCGCCCAUGCCUGCUGCGACAAACAACGCGCCCAAAGCAGCCAAGGCGAAACCAGCUGUCGCUGCGUCGCGCAAGCGAAAAGCUCCCAGCGAGACGCAAUCGAUCCCUGAUGCCCCGGACAGUCCAACGUCCUCGAAGGGAGGCGACGAAAACUCGAGUGACCCCAAAGCCCGUCGUCGCGCCCAAAUUGCUAAGGCCGCCCGGAAGCAUCGCCAGCGCCAAAAGGACGAACUGGUCGCGCUUCGUGACAAGGUGAAGGACUUGAAGGAGCAGAUUGAAGUUCUGCAGAGCUCGGAGCCAUCGGAACACGACACGGAGAUCGGGUGGAAGCAAGAAGCGGAGCAGCAUGCCGAGAUUCGCGCGCGCGUGGACCAAGAAAACGAGUUCUUGCGCAAGACGCUAAUGGAACAAAUGAAGUUCAUCCAACGUCUGCAAGACUACUUCACCAAGCAGCCUCUGUUGAACGCGCCGUCCCUCAACAAGAUGUUGACGUCGUCGCCGUCCAUGGGCAUGUCCGCACCGCCAGCGCCCGCCCUCAUGCCGCCUCCGACGAUGCCGUCUUCGUUUUUCCAACUGCCGACUGUCUCCUUCCGUGAAACACUGCAAAAGCUCGCGGACGAAGGGAUGCAAAUGUGCACGGACAGCAUUCAAUACGGCGAGCAACUGUUCCGCGCGCCGCUGGUGCCAAACAUGACGUACCUCGGCAUGACGGUGCAGUACGAAGUCGCCAAGGACGCGAUCAAUGUGUUUUCGCGGUUGACGAUUCCGCACGUCAACUUUGUCGGCGCCGCCGACAAGAUCUGGGACCUAUAUUCGUCGCGCCAAUUCCACCUGGACUUUCCCUUGACCGAAUCGUUCGAAGUGCUCGACGCGAUCGACAACGACACUAAGUACACCCGGUCGAUCUUGAACUUGACGUUGCCAAACCCGGACAAGAACGGCAACUCAAAGGUCAAGUCGGAGCGCCUGCAUAUCGUCAAGCGCCGCAACGUCGGCAACGCCGUGUAUAUUGCGUCGCGAAGCGUGAACGACGACCCAUCGUGGCCGCCGACCCCGUCGUAUGUGCGCCGCAACAUGAACGUGGGCAUCAUGCUUCGAGAUACGGUGGACGAAGGCCGUCCCGCCACCGAAUGCAUGUGGUGCAUCAAGGUGAUCAUGGACCAAUACACGGACACGUCGGUGGUGGCCAACAGCCAAGACACGAUCUUGCGCAACUUGUUCGAAGUCACCCCCGCUUUCUUCAAGGCCAUGGUGGAGAAAGUGCAGCUCUAAUGCAGGGGUAGUGUGUAUAAGAGGGCUGUCUAAUGGGACUCCAAUUUGUUUUGCUUGAUGUUGAA